CGGUUCGGAGAGCUCGAGAGAGAGAGAGAGAGAGAGAGAGGAAAUGGAGGAGAAGGCGAAAGUGGGGAGUGAGAGAUGGAGCGCUGCGAUCGAAAAUCUAUCGGAGAUGGCGUCGAAUCUGGAUUCUCUCCAAAAGCUACUCGUGAAGAAAGCAGUGUACGUCGACGAAGACACCUUUGCCAAAGCCUCUCUCACUUCCGAACAAGCCCGUACUAUUAAGGUUCUUGAACAAAGAGUUCAGACUUUAGAGCGAGAAUUAGAUAAUGCUAUUUCUGCUGCUGCUCAUGCACGGACUGAGAAAAGACAGGCUGAGGCAGCUCAGAAGGCUGCUGAACUACGUGCACAAGAGGUUACAAGAGAGCUUGAAAAUACCACAAGGGUAUUUGAGCUGCACAUGGAAGAGCUGCGUGCAAAGCAAGAAGAGAUAUCUAAGCGAGAUAAGGAAAUCAAACUUCUAGAGGCCAUAAUUCAGACACUUGGAGGCAAAGGCUCUCAUUCUACCCUUGAAUGAGUAAGAAAAUCUACAGUGACUGUAAUUACUGUGUCAUCUUGUAUCAUUUCUUUGUAUAUUAAACAAGAUUUUGGUUUGUAAUAGAUGUACCAGGAAGUAGAUGAAUAUUUCAGUAAGUUACUACAUCCAAGUGUUGUGUUUUGCUGCU